CUUUCACAGCCACUUAAUCAGGUGCAACUUGAUUGGGGAAUUGCUCUACAGACAACCUUGCCUCUUUCCUGAUAAUGACCUGAUCAAAGCCAUCAGCGGAUGUUACUCUGCUUCUCGAAAAAAAAAAAAGAAAAAAAAAACUGUGCCUUUUUCCAGCUGCAUUAUCAAGAUGGAGGUCAACAUGCAAGAUCAUCGGGAUGCCACAGAGAGCAGAAAUACAGCUGUGGGAAAGCAUAAACAAACUCUGGAUCGAUAGGACCCUCGACGGAGAGCUGACAGAACUAUCAUUGUGGGAGUUGCUCUGGUACUGUCAAAUAUUGUGCCUGUCUACGCCUACAUGUACAGAUGUGGCUCGAUGUGAGAAGGGUCUCUACAUGCUGAUACUUUACUCUUGCACUCUUCCAAUGGGAAAUGAAAGUAUCAAAAAAGCUACAGCAAAACAAAAUCGAAUUCUGGAUCAAGCGAGUCUAGAGGGAGAUCUCACGAGGCAGUCGCUGUCGACACAAGCUAUCCUGUCUCGACUCCAGUGCAUGCACGAUACAAUUCAGCAUCGAGAACGCUUGCUAAUCGUCAUCGUAAUAUUUCCUGGCCUGCUCCUACCCUCUCGGUCGGGCUGUGCUCUUUCCAAUUGUCGACAUUUUCGGGCAUUUCGCUUGAUUGCUUUGCUCUUUCCCAACUUCGUGAUCUGCAUUCGUGCUUUGUUUAUCCUUUCUUCGACUGCUCGGUUUCAUCCUUCUAACAACAUAUUGUUUUCGACGAAUCAUCAUCAUCAGUGUUCUAUCAACUUACAAUAAUCAACUGAAUUACUAUUGAUACCGCAUGUCCAUCAGAGCAACUAUGGGCGGUAAGAAGGCCUCCUCGACGGUCAGAAUGAGUACAAACAACAUGUCAGUACAAGAAUCGACCACAGAUAGCUCAUGUCACUUCGGCAAACUUCCUUGUGAACUGAUCGAAAUGGUCUGCGGCU